CCGGAAUAGCACGGAGUGAGAAGAACGAGGCAGUGGAGUCCAACCGCCCAGCAUGUGAACCGACGCACGGCGAGAAGUCAAAGCCCAAAAAGAUGGAAUUAUCAGCUCUGUGAACUUUGGGACUUUUGGACUUUGCGCGCGGACGCAUUUGGAACGCGCUGGAAGAGUCCGAUUUUGCGCCAUUGGAGCAGAGGGGGGGUUAAUCCUGUAUUUGUGCCGGAUCGGGAGUGAGAGUGGACUGCUUGGAGUCACUUACAAAGACCAUCAAGAAGUCAUGACACGACGGACGUUUGUGUUGGAUUUAUGUGGAUCAAAUUAGAGGAAAAGUCGCGUCUGGGUGUCUGAGCCGUUUUUACGCACGUCCUUCUCUCACUGUUGGGGCUUUACGCGCAGAUUGUCUUUGUUUUUUCGCUGGUUUUUUCACUCGCCCUACUUGGAUCAAAGUUUUUUUCCUUCCCUCCCCCCUCCUCCUCAACUAUGGCGGCGGCCAGGUCCACUGUCUGUGUGUUUGUGCGGAUCAUGUGGCUGCUGUGCCUUCUGUGCACACUUGCGUUCGCUCAACAUUACAACAGUGAAACGGGAAUAUCGGUGCCGGAGCACGGGUUCUGCCAGCCCAUCUCCAUCCCCCUGUGCACGGACAUCGCCUACAACCAGACCAUCAUGCCGAACCUUUUGGGCCACACGAACCAGGAGGACGCCGGGCUGGAGGUGCACCAGUUCUACCCUCUGGUGAAGGUCCAGUGCUCUGCGGACCUAAAGUUCUUCCUGUGUUCCAUGUACGCGCCGGUGUGCACCGUGUUGGAGCAGGCCAUCCCCCCGUGUCGGUCCCUGUGUGAGCGGGCACGGCAGGGAUGCGAAGCCCUGAUGAAUAAAUUCGGGUUCCAGUGGCCGGAGCGGCUCCGAUGCGAGGCUUUCCCGGUGCACGGAGCCGGGGAGAUCUGCGUGGGUCAGAACACGUCCGAACCCAGCAGCCCGGCCUCUUCUUCGUCCCCUUACGCACCAGAGCCGGUGACCCUUCCCCCAAGCAUAGGCCGACCCAACCAGCGUGCCCCCCAGCAUAACCAGUACCACCAGUUCUCCUGCCCCCUCCAGCUGGAAGUGCCAACCUACCUCGGCUACCGCUUCAUGGGGGUCAAAGACUGCGGGGCCCCCUGUGAGCCCAAUAAACCAGCUGGGAUCAUGUACUUCCGGGAGGAUGAAGUGAAAUUCGGCCGGCUUUGGGUCGGGAUCUGGUCCAUCCUGUGCUGCGUCAGCACAUUGUUCACAGUGCUCACCUAUCUGGUGGACAUGCGGAGGUUCCGGUACCCGGAGCGGCCCAUCAUCUUCCUCUCCGGCUGUUAUUUCAUGGUGGCCGUGGCCUACGCAGCUGGGUUCUUCCUGGAGGAUAAAGUUGUUUGCGUGGAUAAAUUCAAGGAUGACGGCUACCGGACCGUGGCGCAGGGAACCAAGAAGGAGGGCUGCACCAUCCUCUUCAUGGUGCUGUACUUUUUCGGGAUGGCCAGCUCCAUCUGGUGGGUGAUCCUGUCCCUGACCUGGUUCCUGUCCGCGGGGAUGAAGUGGGGCCACGAAGCCAUCGAAGCCAACUCGCAGUACUUCCACCUGGCCGCCUGGGCCGUCCCUGCCAUCAAAACCAUCACCAUCCUCGCCAUGGGCCAAGUGGAUGGAGACGUCCUCACCGGGGUCUGCUUCGUGGGGAUCUUCAACGUGGACGCCCUCCGUGGGUUCGUCCUGGCUCCGCUGUUCGUCUACCUGUUCAUCGGUACGUCCUUCCUCCUGGCCGGGUUCGUGUCCCUGUUCCGGAUCCGCACCAUCAUGAAGCACGACGGCACCAAGACGGAGAAGCUGGAGAAGCUGAUGGUGCGCAUCGGGGUCUUCAGUGUCCUGUACACGGUCCCGGCCACCAUCGUCAUCGCAUGUUACUUCUAUGAGCAGGCCUUCAGGGAGCACUGGGAGCGCACCUGGCACAUGCACACCUGUAAACGCUUCGCCGUGCCCUGCCCCGUGCACAACUUCGCCCCCAUGACCCCCGACUUCACGGUGUUCAUGAUCAAAUACCUGAUGACCAUGAUAGUCGGCAUCACCUCGGGGUUCUGGGUCUGGUCCGGGAAAACUCUGCAGUCAUGGAGGAGAUUCUACAAGCGCCUUAGCAACAGUAACCAUGGAGAGACAACCGUGUAGAGGAUGUGACGCAUCGAUCUGCGUUAAAAAAAAAAAAAAAAAGAAAAAUAACAGGAAUGAUGUCAAAUAGCUUUCAUUUAAGUACUAUUUUGGACAUAUGUGGUUGAUUUUAUUUUGUUUUGUUUUGUUUUUUUUAAUUGGGACAAACAUCCAGACUUUAACCUAUAUUUGAUACAAGUUGGAGCUUCUUUUUCUUCAUCUUUCAUCUUCUUCAUCAUCAGAUUCUGCCUGGAUUUUUUGCAAAAAUAGUCCUCAGACUGUAACGCCGGACUAGAGAAGUUAACUUUUAGUAUGAAGCCGCCUAUGUAUUACUGAUUUAAUGUUUUUAAUCCUUGAUAUUACACUUUGAAUGUCCUUUAUGUGUAACCUUAGGGCAAAAGGCACAAAACAAAAGAGCAAGGGGUCAACCAGUGUGACCUUGUGUGCACAAUGGAGCAAAAAAAAAAAAAAAAAAAAAAAAAAAGGUCAUAAGUUUGACCCCUGCAGCAGCCACACCCUCUUUGACUGUGAAUUUACCCACUAGGGAUGCCUGGACCAUAGAGGUACAUGUCUAGUGACUGUUGUUGCCUUUUCGAUGUGGCAGGAUGCAGUACGGUCCGUUUCAAUCCAAAGCAUAAACGCAAAAACUUCUUCUUUUUGUUCUUGUCUCUUAGUUUUUGUUGUUGUUGUGACUCUGCCAUGUAUGUGCCAAGCGGCUGCGCAGACAUCAGAACUCUUGUUGUUUUCGUGCAGUUUUAAUAAUUUUAUUCCUGUAUUGAAUGUUCACUCCGAAGGCGAAUGAAGUUCUGUAUCGGUUUGCACAGUUACCCCUCACAGUUGAAAGUGUUAAAAAAAAUGACUGAUUCACCACAGGAAGAUCUGAUCUAACAACCAGAGACCACACACACACACACACAGUUUCUUGCUUUUAUUCUUUGUAACUGAGACAUAGCAGUUCAUUGUUUAUCCCUGUGUGUGUGUGUGUGGUCUCUUGGAUCUCCCAUCAAAAAGAGUUUUCAGACAUCCAAAGCCCCCUCUUUUGCAGAUCCGGUCCUGAUCUGUGGGUGCGGUGAGGAUUUUUCAUGUUUUUUUUUUUUUUUUGUCUUUUAUGAUGGGUAAAGAUGAGUGUACACGCUCUCACCUGUAAUCAUCCCAGUGUAACCAAAGUUUUACUCAAAAUAUCCUUUCCUAUGUUCUUAUCCUUGAGGUUUUUUCACAAACCAGACUGAAGAUUUUAUAGAUUUUAAUUUCUUUUCUUUUCCAGUCUGGGCUAUGUAAAAAAAAAAAAAAAGCCAUCCAAUCAAAAACACAGAGUGAA